AUGUUUUGUGUAGAUAACAAAUGUUUACUCACGUCGUUGAUAUCUUUAUAACAAAGUCGAACGUUAGGUGGGUGACCGUUGUCAAUUGUAGCUAAAUAAGCUAAGUAGGAAGCUGCGUAAUUUGGUUUAUCCAAGUUUCACCAAAACCACGCCACGUGAUGUGUUUUUGUAGCUAACUCGCCGUUUCCAACAAAAAAUUCCAUCUUCUAGCUAGAUUCUAGACAGCUUUAACCGUAACUUCAAUUAAACGCCGUUUGAAAUAGCUGCCUGUCUCUCUUUAAUAACUGAGCAACGGCACACAUGUCAGCAAAUAUACGCCUGUUUCAAAUAAACGCCAGGUCUAAAUGAGUUGUUUACACUAGGUAAACAAUUCAAGUUAAACACUUUAAUGUUUUGAUUUGUUGAGUUUAAAUUAUUCAGUGAUGACUUACUGGCGUUUUUAUCGUCAGUAAAAACGGUCGUAAUAACUACAGAACAUUUUAAUCGGCAUUAUAUGGCAAAAUAAACCUUAGUGUGUAAGUGAUAAGACGUUAGUUCAGAAAAUUCUGGAACUGAACGCUGGAAUUAAACAAUUAACUAUGCAAAGCUGUGUGUAUUAAGAAAAUACACUGAACAUGCAACCAUUUCGAAGAUUUGACUGAGUUAUAAGGAAAUCGGUCAAUUGAAAUAAAUUAAUUGGGCUCUAAUCGACUUUUGCUUGACUGGGAAUACAGAUCUUUGUCUGGUCAGAUACAUACAAAAAAGGUGUAUCAGAGCCAGUGCGACACACCACCUUCGUAUAGUUGAUCAGGCUGUUGAUUGUGGCCUGUGGAAUGUUGUCCCACUCGUCUUCAAUGGCUGUGUGACAUUGCUGGAUAUUGGCUGGAACUGGAACACACUGUCAUAUACAACGAUCCAGAUCAUCCCAAAACAGGCUCAUUGGGUGACAUGUCUGAAUGUCAGUAAGGAGGAUAUUAGAGGCACUUUAGUCAACAAGAUGAAGAUCAAACAACGUUCAAAAACUACGCCACUGCACAAAAAAACCAUGGGGACUAAACGCCAUGGAAACCUGGGUAUAACACAAACAGAACAUGACCCACAGUCAGGUGAUGACUCCACCGGCAGAGAUGAACCAGAUUGUACCCAAGCACUCUCAAAGAGCACCAGUUCAAAUCAUCAUUCAGAUUCUAGUACACUCCACAAGGAUCCUGUGGUAGUGCUAACCAGGUUGGCUGAGGUGGUGGUUAAGACACUUCUGAGAGACAUUAAAGUGUGUUUGGUGAAGGAGGUGACGGAUGUCAGGAAGGAUGAAGACAACCAUGGAGGUUCUCCUCAGUUCUUUCCCUGUCCACACUGCACCAUCUCCUUUACUGACUGUUACUUCCUGGAGAACCACAUCAAGACCAAACACCAGAAGCAGUACCUGGCCAUGUUGAGAAGCCAAGUCUCAAAGAGUAAAAGAGUGUACGGCCCCACACACAGCUGUGCCCACUGUAGCUGCAUGUUCCAUACACCACGACAGCUAGACAUCCACACCCGCCAGGCCCACCCCUCUGCCCGUCCCCAGAAACCUGCCCCUCCCCGGAGAACUGGCCGUCCCCACAGGGUACAGGAGAAAUUCCACACCUGCCCACAGUGCUCCCGCAGAUUCAAGUACCUGGGCAGCCUGCUGAAGCACUGCAAGAGUUUGCACAAAAUGGCUGUUGUUCUCACCAAUGGACACAUCAGUUGCGCAGACUGUGAGAAGAGCUUUGAGAAUUGCUGGGGCCUGGGGCCUCACCGGUGUCACGAACCAGAGGGCAAUAAACCGAAGGACGCUAAACAGAUGGUCAUUAAGGAAGUCGGCUUCCAAUGCUUAGAUUGUGGCAAGAUCCUCACUACUCCUACGAGCCUGAACAAUCACAUGCGCAUCCACACUGGAGAAAAGCCUUUUGUCUGCAAAGAGUGUGGCAAGCGCUUCUCAGGUACAGGCGCUUACCAUUAUCACUUGUUAAUACACAAUGGGGUCAUUCCAUUCAAAUGUCAGGACUGUGGGAAGGCUUUCAAGCAGAAGUACCUCCUCAGGAAGCACAUGACUGUUCACUCUGGUGAGAGGAAGUACUCCUGCUCCCAAUGCGACAGGCAGUUUGCAUACAGGGAGAGUCUGAAGCUUCACCUGCGCACACACUCCGGGGCGAGACCUUUCAAAUGUACUGUCUGUGGUAAAGACUUUGCUGACAAAGGUUAUCUGAAGAUGCAUCUGAAGAUCCACAACAACCAGAAAAACUACCAUUGUGGGGUUUGUGGGCAGAAAUUCAUAAGGAUUGGGGUGCUGAACGUACACCUGCGCUCACACACCGGUGAGAGGCCUUACCAUUGCACAGUGUGUGACAAGCAGUUUGCCCGACUCGACCACCUGAAGAACCACCAGCGCACUCACACAGGUGAGAAACCAUACACCUGUACCGAGUGCGGUAAAAGCUUCACUCAGUCUGGAGAUCUAACCAAACACAAGCGCCUCCACACUGGGGAGAGGCCAUUUGAAUGUUCUGAAUGCCACAAACGCUUUAUCUGCUCUGCUUCUCUGACCCUGCACAUGAGGACCCACACUCACCGUGACGUAAAGCCAUACUCCUGCCAAGAGUGUGGGAAGAGCUUUUAUGAACAGAGUCAUGUGAACGGCCACAUGAAAAUCCACAAGGGGAAACGUUAUUCCUGCCCCCACUGCUUUCUCAGCUUUGCUCGCAAGUCCAACCUCUCCAAACACCUGCUUAGACGUCAUAAACCUAAAUGAUAAUGAUGUAUAUUAACAUAACACCUUUUAUGAAACUGUUACUCUUAUGAAUUAAAUGGAGGGGAGUCUGAUCUCUUUUGUCAGUGAUCGAUGUGUGACAUCAAAUUCUAACUAAAUUUUGCCCCAUGUUUAUGAUAAUGCUGCAAUGUUCUAACAAUCCUCCAGUUGGGUCACAGUGAGCUCCAUGUAUUGGGACAGUGACACGUUUUGUUUCUCCUGCAGCACUUUGGAUUUGAAAUUAUACAACGACUGAGGUUAAAGUUCAGACUCCGCUUUAAUUUGAGGGUAUUUUCAUCCAUAUCGGGUGAACCGCUUAGAAAGAACAGGAUUUUUUUGUACAUAUUCCCCCCCAUUUUUAAGGGAAUGGUUUGGUCCCAUAUUCCCAGCAUGCAAUGCUUACGUUAAGCUUGACUGGAUGCGUUUGCUGUUUGUUUUGGUUGUGUGUCAGAGUAUUUUGUGCUCAAUAGAAAUUCAUGGUAAAUAAUGUAUUGUCACUUUUAUUAUAAAUUAGAAUAGUGUAUGUUUUCUUCUAUUUUAGUGGCUACCAUGAUUACGGAUAAAACUGAAUGAAUUGUGAUUAAUGAGUGAAAGUUAGAAGCAUAAAUAUCAUACCCCCUCAAAAUGCUAACCUCCCCUGUUAUUGUAAUGGUAAGAUGUUAGCAUGUCUUGGGCAUGAUACUUGUGCGUCUGUACUCUAGCUUUCUCACUUAUUAUUCACGACUAUCCGUAAUCAUUGUAGCAUCCAACAAGUUUGUAGAGUAACAACCUUGUUGUAAUCAAUAUGUGCUAGGACAAUGGGACCAAAUACUACACUUUUGACUACUUUUACCACACGGAAUUUGUACCAAUUCUUUCAGUCCCCCCCCCCCCCCCCCCCCCCCCCCCCCCCCCCCUUUUCAAAAAGUGUAAUUUCUAAACUGUUCAUAUGGAUAAAAAUACAAAUUAAAGCUGACUGUCUACACUUUAACCUAAUAAUCAUUGUAUCAUUUCAAAGUCUGGAGGUACAGAGCCAAAAGAACAAAACAUAAUUCACUGCCCCAAUACUUUUGGAGCUCUUUUGUUAAUAUUAUUGCUCUUUUGUUUUAUGGAUGUUUAACCAGUUCAAUGUAAGCUACAUAAUCCUUAAAAGUAGUUAUCACGAGGGCCAUAAAUGAUAACUAGUAAUGUUGCAUACUCAAAGGUUUUAAAUCUCACUUCCGGUAAAAAAAUAGGUAUAGAUUGUUGAGGUCACUAUUGAGGAUACUAGCUCAAGUACACACAGUACAAAUGAUACAAUUUUAUUUGACAAAAUUGUAUGAAUAGGGCUGUGAAGUGUUUAUUCUUUCUAAAUAUUACUUAAAUUAUAAAAUGACACUGAGAUAUCAUCUUCCAUGUGCUUUGUCAGUAGCUGUGAUAUAGGGUUCAGCCAGACGUUGGACAGUUGGAAGACUGAUUGAAAUGGUAGAAGGGACAUCCCAGCUUCAAGUGGUGUUAGAUUUCACAUCCUACAUUACGCAGGGUCGGAACCGGUACCAGAACCACCCAGGUCCCCCAAACAAGGGACCUUAUGUCUAAGAGGUUAUAAACACACACAAAAAAAUGUUUUAUUUGCUCUGUAUAAAAAUUAAGAAUGUAUGUACAGAAGAUGGUUUCAUGAAUGAUUGACCUGGUGAUCAGUAGGUGAUAAUAAAUUCUGAAAGAUUAUUGUCA